AUGUCUGCGUUCUGGGCUGUCUUCCUCCUCUGCAGCCUGCUGACCCCUUCACAAGGACUUGGAAUCAUGUCCUCGGUUGCCAAAGUGGGUGUAGAUGAUAUUACAAAGUCACUUGCCACACAUAACCUCCAGAAACUUCCACUUGGCCUCCUUGAAAAAGAUAGCCCUCUUAGCAGUCUCCUUGGCAGACAUGGUGUCCUUGGUGGUCUCCUUGGUGAAGACAGUGCUGCUGGCAGACUCCUCGGCAGAGAUGGUGUCCUUGGUGGUCUCCUUGGUGGAGAUGGUGCUGCUGGUGGUCUCCUUGGUGGAGAUGGUGUGCUUGGUGGUCUCCUUGGUGAAGACGGUGCUGCUGGCAGACUCCUUGGCAGAGAUGGUGUCCUUGGUGGUCUCCUUGGUGGAGACGGUGCUGCUGGUGGUCUCCUUGGCGGAGAUGGUGUCCUUGGUGGACUCCUUGGCAAAGAUGGUGCCGCUGGCAGUCUCCUUGGCGGAGAUGGUGUCCUUGGUGGUCUCCUUGGCAAAGAUGGUGCCGCUGGCAGUCUCCUUGGCGGAGAUGGUGUCCUUGGUGGUCUCCUUGGCAAAGAUGGUGCUGCUGGCAGUCUCCUUGGCGGAGAUGGUGUCCUUGGUGGUCUCCUUGGAAAAGAUGGUCUUGUUGAUGGUCUCCUUGGAAAAGAUGGUCUUGUUGACAGUCUCCUUGAUGUUGUCCUUGAUCUUCUCAUGGGCAAAAAUGGUCUCCUUGGCAAAGAUGGUCUCGCUGGCAAUCUCCUUCGUGGAAAUGGUGGAGAUUUCACAGUGGCAAAAAUUGUGAACAACACUCUCCCCAAAAUAAGUCUGCGCUCCCUGUCAGGCCUUGGGCAUCAGGUGGGCUUCAAAACCCAGCUGUUGGUAGAGACCAAAAGUGCAGCGGGCAGGGUGCUCUGUGUGCAGGUGGAAGCAGAUGUGGCCAUGCUGGUCCAGGACAAGUGGGCAGCUAUCCAGAACAAUAAGGACUGCAAGACUUCUAACAUAAACAUCCAUGUGAGACCCAACGUGCCACUUCUGGAUCAGCCUUUAAAACGCUACCUUAGUGAUGUCCUGAGUGAGGUGGGGUGCGACAUCAUCAACACCAAACUCAACAUGGUGAGCGCUCUGCUCGGCUCCAGGACCUCCGCACUCCCGCUCAGGGGUCUGGGAGAUCUGCCCCCCUUUUCCAUCAUCAGUGGCAAUGCUAUCAAGCUGGACCUAAACCUCCCCUUUGAGGACAUGGAGGGGAGCGUGGUGGCCUCCACGCAGGGAUGGCCGCUCACUGCCACCCUGCUGCUGGCCACCGGCCGCCCGCCGCAGCUCAGCCUCUCCCAGCGCGCCCUUGACGUCCUGCUGCAGCCGGUCCAGGGGCAGGAAGCCUUCAACCUCAACAUCACCAACUUGAUGGUGCCCGAUAGCAUCUCGCUGUCCACGUCUGCCCUUCUCCCAGUCAUCCCCCAGCUCGCCAAGAUCCUCCCCAGCUCUCUGCCACUGGAGCUGCACGUGCGGGCGGCCAACGAGCCAGUGGUGGCCGUGAGGGGCAGAAGAGCCACUGCCACCCUCAAAGCCUCUAUUGAUGUCUUCAGUCCCCUCCUGCAGUUGUCCCAGAAGCCCCUCUUCUCCCUCGACACGGACAUCAUUCUGAACGUCAUCCCAUCAGUCUCGGAUGGGAAACUGCGAACCACCCUGGAUCUUGACAGUGUUAAACUGACACGGGCACCCCUGAGACUCAGCCCUCUCAGUGUCUCCCCGCUUGCAGAAUGGCUCAAGCAAGUCCUUGCGGCUGCAUACGUACCUGCCGUUAAUGAUGCCUUGAGCGUGUCGGUCCCUCUGCCCAACAUUCUCAACACCAGCCUCAGAAACACCAAGGUCGACAUCACCGAUGCAGAUGACUCUCCUGACCAGACCGAUCUAAAAGGAUCCUGCUCGGGAGGAUCCUUGACCUCGGACAUCAUCUGAAGCAGGCAACAUGCUGCGA